AUGGAAAUGCAGGACCUAGCAAGUCCUCAUACUCUUGUUGGAAGUAGUGAUACUCCUGGUAGCUCCAAACUGGAUAAAUCUAAUCUCAGCAACACAUCAGUUACAACAAAUGGGACAGGAGUCAAAACAGAGCCCAUGAACAACAAUGAAACAACCACAACAACUGGAGAUGGAGCGCUUGACACUUUUACUGGGUCAGUAAUAACAAGUAGUGGCUACAGUCCCAGAUCAACACAUCAGUAUUCCCCACAGUUGUAUCCCUCCAAUAAUGCUAUUUUUCUGAUAUUUAGGCCCUAUCCACACAUUCUUUCUACACCAGCAGCUCAAACAAUGUCUGCCUAUGCUGGCCAGACUCAGUAUUCAGGAAUGCAGCAACCAGCAGUGUACACGGCCUACUCACAGACAGGACAACCUUACAGCUUACCCACUUACGGCAUCAAGACGGAAAGUGGACUUUCACAAACCCAGUCACCACUACAGACGGGGUGCCUCAGUUACAGCCCAGGGUUUUCUACGCCCCAGCCAGGCCAAACACCCUAUUCUUACCAAAUGCCAGGUUCUAGUUUUGCACCAUCAUCUACUAUUUAUGCAAAUAAUUCUGUUUCCAAUUCAACGAAUUUCAGUAGCUCACAGCAGGAUUAUCCAUCCUAUACAGCCUUUGGCCAAAACCAAUAUGCACAGUAUUAUUCAGCAUCAACAUAUGGAGCAUAUAUGGCUUCAAAUAACACAGCUGAUGGCACAUCUUCAUCCUCAUCAACCUAUCAGUUGCAGGAAUCUCUCCCUGGACUGACUAGUCAACCAGGUACAGAUCUCCAUUCAGAUUUUGAUACAGUGCAAAGCCCCUCCACUCCCAUCAAAGACCUUGAUGAGAGAACAUGUAGGAGUUCUGGGUCAAAGUCCCGAGGAAGAGGCCGGAAGAAUAAUCCAUCACCUCCACCAGACAGUGACUUGGAGCGUGUAUUUGUCUGGGAUUUGGAUGAAACCAUCAUCGUUUUUCACUCACUGCUCACAGGGUCCUAUGCACAGAAGUAUGGCAAGGAUCCCCCGAUGGCAGUAACCCUUGGACUACGAAUGGAGGAAAUGAUUUUUAACCUUGCUGACACACAUUUAUUUUUCAAUGAUUUAGAGGAGUGCGAUCAAGUUCAUAUAGAUGAUGUUUCUUCUGAUGAUAAUGGUCAAGACUUAAGUACCUACAGUUUUGCAACUGAUGGCUUCCAUGCAGCUGCAAGUAGUGCAAACCUUUGUUUGCCAACAGGUGUUAGAGGAGGGGUUGACUGGAUGAGAAAGCUGGCUUUUCGUUACAGAAGAGUAAAAGAAUUAUAUAAUACCUACAAGAACAACGUAGGAGGACUCCUUGGCCCAGCUAAGAGAGAUGCAUGGCUGCAAUUAAGAGCAGAGAUUGAAGGCCUAACAGACUCCUGGCUGACAAAUGCACUUAAAUCCUUAUCAAUUAUUAGUACUAGGAGUAACUGUGUAAAUGUCUUGGUAACAACAACUCAGCUUAUCCCAGCACUUGCAAAAGUCCUACUAUAUAGUUUGGGAGGUGCUUUUCCUAUUGAAAAUAUUUACAGUGCAACUAAAAUAGGAAAAGAAAGUUGCUUUGAGCGAAUAAUGCAAAGGUUUGGCAGAAAAGUAGUAUAUGUUGUAAUUGGGGAUGGUGUAGAAGAAGAACAGGCAGCAAAAAAGCACAACAUGCCCUUUUGGAGGAUAUCAAGUCAUUCAGACCUCUUGGCUCUACAUCAAGCAUUGGAACUAGAAUAUUUGUAA